GCCCCAACACUUAUAAGAAUAGGAGUCCUUACAAGAAGAGGAGAUUAGGACACAGACAGGUACAGAGGGAAGCUGCUGUGAAGAAACAGGGAGGACAGAGCUGCCCUCUGCGAGCACAGGAGAGAGGCCUCAGAAGAAUCAACCCCACGGACACCUUGAUCUUAGAUUCCCAGCCUCCAGAACUAUGAGGAAAUCAAUAAAUGUUCACGAGCCACCCAGACCUUGGUACUUUGUUUUGGCAGCUCUGACAAACUAGUAACACAGACCCCCUCCCCAGAAUUCAGACUUCGCAGCGUGGAUGCAGCUGGGGAUCAGGGCAGUCUCACAGCUCCUCGGGUGGUUUUAAUGUGCAUCUGGGGUUAGGAGCCGCUGCUUUCAGAAGCCUGACAUUAGACUCCGCCUGUUUUAUACUUGAUGUUAACUGGAGAGAGUGCUUUGUAAUGUCUCCCUACCAAAGCUAUUAAAUGGAUAUAACCAAAAAAUUGAAUAGGCAGGUUUUUAUUUUAUUUUAUUGAGGACUUUGCUCUACUCAGAUAAGGAUCCCCACAUGAGGCUUAGAGACCCGAAGCCACGGCCUUAGUUCUUUUUCCCAUCUUGCAAGAUGAUGGUGAAAACAACUGAGAGGCUGGAUACUGAGGAGAAGAAACAUGAAGCUAACAAGGCUGAUGCUCAUGGCGAGGCUGAGAAGGGUCACCUCAAGGUUGAGACGCCUAAGAGGGGGAAGCCCCAUUGCAGCUGAAACCCUGUCCUCGUCAGAGGAAUUGGCAGGUAUUCCUGGCCAGCUAUCUAUUCCAGAAAAAUCAGGUACAAAAGGAAGUACUCAGCAGCUAAAUCCAGGAUUGAAGAGAAAAACAAGGAGAACGUACUUGCUACUGCCACGAAACCAGUUGGUGGUGACAAGAAUGGUGGUACCCGGAGGAGUUAAACUUCACAAAAUGCCUAGAUUCUACCCUACCAAAGGUGUGCCUCAAAAGCUGCUGAGCCACGGCAAGAAACCCUUCAGUCAGCAUGUGAGACACUGUGAGCCACACCACUCCCAGGACCAUUCUGAUCAGCCUCCUGGGCGCCACAGAAGCAAGAGGGUGGUGUUCCUGAAGCAGCCAAGCAGUGGCUUGCUACUUGUGACCGAACCUCUGGCCCUUAAUCGAGUUCCUCUGCAUAAACACCAUAAAUUUGUCAUCACCACCUCUACCAAAAUUGGUAUCAGUGGUGUGAAAACCCCCAAGCAUCUCUCUGAUGCUUACUUCAAGAAGAAGCUGCUCAAGCCCAGACACGAGGAGGGGGAGAUCUUUGACACCAAGAAGGAGAAACACGAAAUUACAGAGCAGCACAAGGCUGAUCAGAAAGCACUGGACUUGCAAAGUCUGCCAAAAUUCAAAGCUGCUCCUCAGCUCCAAGGCUACCUCUGCUCUGUGUCUGCUCUCACAAAUGGGCUUGAUCCUCACAAAAUAAAGUUCCAAAUUUCUUUUGAAAAAACCUAAUUAAAUACCUAUUUCAAAAAAAAAAGAAUUCCCACAAGAGAUAGUGCCCG